CGAAUCGGUCACUGAUCCGAUCCAACUCGCUUGAGACCUCUAUAACUAUAAAUAUCUCCACAUCACCUUUCGGCUCUUCUACUUUACUGUUAAGUGCAAAACCCUAGAUCUUGUUGCAGGAUCGAAGUAUCGAACGAUUUGCUUCGCGAGAUCAUGGCGCUGGUUUUGCAUGCUGGGAAAACAAACAAAAAUGCUUUUAAGACACUUAUCACUGCGGAGUACACUGGCGUCAAAGUAGAACUGGUUGAAAAUUUUGAGAUGGGUGUAUCAAAUAAAAGCCCAGAGUUUCUUAAGAUGAACCCCAUUGGAAAGGUGCCUGUACUGGAAACUCCUGAUGGAGCUAUUUUUGAGAGCAACGCCAUUGCACGAUAUGUUGCCUCAUUGAAGCCUGAUAGUUCUCUGUUUGGUUCUUCGCAAAUAGAACAUGGCUGUGUUGAGCAGUGGAUUGACUUUGCCUCACUGGAAAUUGAUGCCAACUUGCUAGUGUGGCUGAGGCCAAGAAUGGGGUUUGCUGCACACCUUCGUCCUGUGGAGGAAGCUGCAAUUACUGCAUUGAAAAGAGCUCUUGGAGCUUUGAACACUCAUCUUGCUUCAAACACUUUCCUUGUUGGACAUGCUGUGACAUUAGCUGACAUUAUCAUGACAUGUACUUUGUACUUGGGCUUUACCAGGCUUAUGACAAAGAACCUCACAGCCGAGUUUCCUCAUGUUGAGAGGUACUUCUGGACUAUGGUUAAUCAACCCAAAGUUGCUGAAAUUCUGGGAGCGGUGAAACAGACAGAAAGUGUUCCACCUGUCCAGGCAGCCAAAAAGCCAUCUCAGCCAAAAGAGACUGCCAAAUCGAAGCCCAAUGAAGAACCUAAAAAGGAAGUCAAAAAGGAAUUGCCCAAGGCUGAAGCUCAAGCUAGCGAGGAAGUUGAAGAUGCACCCAAACCCAAAGCGAAAAAUCCACUUGAUUUGCUGCCUCCAAGUAAGAUGGUUUUGGAUGAGUGGAAGAGAUUGUACUCAAAUACCAAGAGUAAUUUUCGUGAGGUUGCAAUUAAAGGUUUUUGGGACAUGUAUGACCCAGAAGGCUACUCUCUAUGGUUCUGCGACUACAAGUAUAAUGACGAGAAUACUGUAUCAUUUGUCACAAUGAACAAGGUUGGUGGAUUUCUUCAGCGAAUGGAUCUGGCUCGCAAGUAUGCUUUUGGAAAGAUGUUAGUGAUUGGCUCUGAAGCUCCCUACAAGGUGAAGGGGUUGUGGCUUUUCCGUGGCCAAGAGAUUCCUCAGUUCAUAAUGGACGAGUGCUAUGACAUGGAACUAUAUGAGUGGACCAAGGUGGAUAUUUCUGAUGAAGCGCAAAAGGAGAGGGUCAGUCAGAUGAUUGAAGAUCAAGAGCCUUUUGAGGGAGAGGCCCUAUUGGAUGCUAAGUGCUUUAAAUGAGGAGCUAAUCAGUGUUCAUUACGAGACUUGAACAAUAUGCUCUCUACCAGAGUUUAUAUAUCACAUAUUAAGCUUUAGAUAAAGUAUGAACUAUAGAUUUUUGUUGAGAUGGUAGUGUGAUCCCAUGUCUUUGUUAUCUAAAGGUGGUUUAUUAUGCCUUACAGUGAAACUGGUAGCCCUGUUUGACAGUUUCUGAUGUGCUUUAAAAUUAAUUUUCUGCCUAAACAUUGUGUUUAUAUGGGUUCUUACUGUUAGUUAUUGUGAAAAUUGGAUUUUUGGUUUUAA